AUGAGAGAUCAGAGCAUACUUUUGACUCCCUAUCUGGGAAUUCCUUACUUGAUCAUUCUUCUUUUUUUGAGAAAUUCACAUCAAACGCUCUCAGCUGGAAAUAUUGGUGGCACAGGCGACGUUGAAUUUAUGGAUCCAGCUAUUCGGCAGUUGCUGACAAGGGUAAGUUUAAAACUGAGCUGCACACUAAUACAAACUAUAAACAAAUCUCCAUGUGAACAAGUUCCUUUGACACUAGCAUUAGGGAUGCAACUCUAUCAUAAACAUCCUGGUUUAUCUAUAAAUUGGCAUUCACGGAAAACUUGGUCUAAAAGGUCAAAUCAUUUAGCUCAGUCUCAACCUGAUAACAUUCAGAUAAAAAAAGAUGAAUCCUCGAGUAAUUCUGAAUAUGCACAGAAUAACAAUGCAAACUCGAGUCAAAGAAACACGAACAAUGAUGAAAGUGCUAAUGACAACAAAGAUUCUAACCAAAAUUUUCUAACAGAAAACUAUUCUUAA